UUGUCGGGCCUAUAUCUCCCAUUAGCACACAUUAGGUCAAACUCCACACAGCAGUUACUUCCCUUGGGCAUUCGCCAAUCAUUAAUGUCUUUUUCUAGAAUAAGGGAGGCCACUGCGUAUGAGAUUGACCAACCUCGGCGCAGUGAUUUACCGGGAACCAGCAUAGCAACGAACGACAACUCUGUAAUAAAAAUUGCCAAUUUUCGCGGUUAAACUUAAAAAGAGUCCAUGUCAACUGCUGACAGUGAAGAGCCAGGCAGUCUGACCCAUGAUAGGAAGGAGCCAAGUGAAGAGCCAGCCAGUCUGACCCACGAUAGGAGGGAGCCAAGUGAAGAGCCAGCCAGUCUGACCCAUGAUUCUUGACAUGACUCAUGGUGAACUAAAAUUGCUUGCAAAGCAUCUGGGACAUGAUGUGAAGACCCACAAGGAAUAUUAUCAGUUGUCUUCCAGUACCAUGGAACUCUCAAAGGUUGCCCUGAUGUUGUAUGCUGUUGAAAAUGGUAAAGUCAAUGAGUGGAAGGGAAGGCAGAUGAAGGACAUAGUAGUAGAAGAUUUACCUCUUCCAAUUGAAGACGAAGAUGGCCAUCAAGAAGAGUCCAUGUCAACUGCUGACAGUGAAGAGCCAGUCAGUCUGACCAAUGAUAGGAGGGAGCCAAGUGAAGAGCCAGCCAGUCUGACCCAUGAUAGGAGGGAGCCAAGUGAAGAGCCAGCCAGUCUGACCCAUGAGUCCAUGUCAACUGCUGACAGUGAAGGGCCAGCCAGUCUGACCCAUGAUGAAAUGAGGCAGCCAAAUCCUCAAGGGACAGGGACAAGAAAAGGAAUGAAACGAAAGUGGGCCAGCGAAGAGAACAUAUGUUUCAUGAACUUUUUUAGAGAUGAAUUAAGAGAAAAAAAAAUGCCAUCUGGCUCAAAAAUAAUGGGGUCCCUAAAAAUACUUACCGGAAGAACAGUGGCCCAGAUAAGGGCAAGGGUCCAUAACAUUAUUAUGGAAAAACAAAAAUGGAAAAAGAAUUGUUGAAUUGUGGAAUAUGUUUAUGCCCCUGGUAGGGUGGCAUAUAGCAGUUGAACUGUCCGUCAGUCAGUCAGUCUGUCCAUCUGGCCGAAAACUUAAAUGGCCAUAACUUUUUCAAUAUUGAACAUAGCAACUUGAUAUUUAUACCCCUAUUACAAUUGGUAAUGGGGGCUAUAUAGGAGUCACGUUUGUCGGUCUGUCCCGAUAUUUCAUCCGAUCUUCACCAAACUUGGUCAGUAGUUGUAUGUAGAUAAUGUCUAGGUCAAGUUUGAAUAUGGGUCAUGCCAGGUCAAAAACUAGGUCAUGGGGUCACUUAGUAUGUUUUAAACUGUAAGUUUGUACGGACCAUAGCUAUGUUAUUUAUCGUUACAUUUUUAAAUGACUCGGUACAUUUGUUCACCAUCAUGGAACGGUGUGUCGUGUUAAAAAAAAUUACGUCAAUAUCUCAAAGGUCAAGGUCACACUUGGGAGUUCAA